AUGGGAUUAGAGAUGAGAGAAGCAACUGGUUCAGAUGUAUGCCCAGCCGUUUCUUGCUCCGACUUAUGCAGCGUUGAAAGCCAGUCAAGCCCUUUGAUUCUGUCACUGCUUUCUUCCCUACUUAACAGACUUGUAGCCCGACAUGAAAGGCUCAUGUUUUCUUCUGGCAAAAAGAUUACAAGAGAAAAUCUGUGUGUUUUCUCUUCACUGCAAGUUCCUGCCAUGAGCUUACACAAGUACUUGGAAAGGAUGUUCAAGUAUGUGCGCUGCAGUCCUUCCGCAUUUAUUGUGGCAUAUGCUUAUAUUGAUCGCCUUAUUCUCACCAAUCCCAACUUCCGCUUAACCUCUCUCAACAUUCACAGGCUUACUACCACCACUGUCAUGGUUGCUACCAAAUUUCUCGAUGACCUGCAUUACAGUAACGAGUAUUUUGCAAAAGUGGGAGGCUUAAAACUGAGGGAAAUGAACUUUCUAAAGUUGAAUUUUUGUUCAUGA